AGACUAUCAUUAGUUUGGAGGUAAGAGCAGAUGGGCUGAAAUGACAUAUCCGGUUCCCGGACUCUUCCCACAUUUAUAAAAUCCGGUUAAUCGAUCCAUUUCAUUCCCGAUUCAAAUCCGCACUACCUCUCUUUCUCUUUGUGAGAGAGGUCAAAUAUUUUUCUGUCUUUCCCUCCUUUUACUCUCUCUCUCUCUCUCUCUCUCUCUCUCUCUCUCUCUCUUGUCUCUGCUUCUCGAUCUCUGCUUCUCUUUCUCACUUCACCUCUGUAAAGCUUUUUCUUUCCGAAACAUAAGCAGGAGAAGCACUUUAGCUUUGCUUCUCCUGAACUUCUCUUCUAGCCAUGGAUGGUGGUGCUUCGUAUAAUCCACGUACCGUCGAGGAGGUCUUUAGGGAUUUCAAGGGCCGAAGAGCUGGCAUGAUUAAAGCUCUCACUACUGAUGUUGAAGAUUUCUACCAGCAGUGCGAUCCUGAGAAGGAAAAUCUUUGCCUAUAUGGAUUUCCUAGUGAGCAGUGGGAGGUCAAUUUGCCUGCUGAAGAGGUCCCUCCAGAGCUUCCAGAGCCUGCUUUGGGCAUUAAUUUUGCUAGGGAUGGAAUGCAAGAAAAAGAUUGGUUGUCUCUGGUUGCAGUUCACAGUGAUGCAUGGUUACUUGCUGUGGCUUUUUAUUUUGGAGCUAGGUUUGGAUUUGACAAAGCUGAUAGGAAACGCCUUUUCAACAUGAUAAAUGAGCUUCCAACAAUUUUCGAGGUUGUGACAGGAACAGCCAAAAAACAAGUAAAAGAGAAGUCCUCAGUUUCAAAUCAUAGUAGCAAUAAAUCUAAAUCAAAUUCUAAGCGGGGAUCUGAAUCUCAGGACAAGUUCUCGAAGGCAACACAACCGAAGGAUGAUGAUGAUGAGGGCUUGGAAGAAGAGGAAGAAGAGGAGCAUGGGGAGACAUUAUGUGGUGCUUGUGGAGAAAAUUAUGCAUCUGAUGAGUUCUGGAUUUGCUGUGACAUUUGUGAGAAAUGGUUCCACGGGAAAUGUGUUAAGAUCACUCCAGCUAGAGCUGAGCACAUUAAGCAGUACAAAUGCCCUUCUUGCAGCAACAAGAGAGCACGACCGUGAUGGUUGCUGGUUAGCCAGAUCUGUGUAAUAUGGCAUGAAGGAACUGCUAACUGUGUAGUAGGUCAGGUUUGUUUUUAGUCAUGGUCCCUGAUCUAGGAAAUCUAUUGGAGUGCUAUGCAUAGGUUGCAAAUGUGCUGUCAAUUUGGUCAUAAAAUUAGGAUAUUUAUAAGCUCAGGUUGGGUACUAUUUCCCCAUGAUUGGGAGAAAGCGGCCGUGGUUUAUGUUUGGCAACUUGUGUUUAUAUGCAAUCUGUCGUGUUCUUCAUCA